AUGGCUAACAAAUACUCCUCCCCCGAAGGCCCCCCACCCCAAUACCCCCAGCAAGCACACUACGACGCCGGCCCAGCCGGCGGCGACCCCCGCGCCUUCGGCGGCUAUGGCUCCCCUGCCCCUCAAGGCCAAUACGGUCAACCUCAAUACGGUGCUCCCGGUCCCUACGGCCAAGGUCCACCACAACAGGGUUACGGCCCGCCGAUGCAGCAAGGGCCGUAUGGACAACAGCAGCAGCCGAUGUAUUAUCCGCAGCAGCAGGGUUACCCGCCUCAGCAUCAGCAGCAGGGGGGUGGGAGUGGUGGGAUCAUGGCGGGGAUUUUGGGGGCUUGUGCUUGUUGUUGUUGUUUGGAUAUGUGUUUGUUCUAA